CCGCGCCCGUGCGGCGCGCCGUCUCCUCCGCUCCGCUGCCGCCCAGCGCACGACGCCGGCCCGAGCGCUGCUGAGAGCGCAGCCCGUGCCGCCGGCGAGACUGUGCGGUGUGUCACAGAGUGACGCUUUGCCCUGUGGGCGGAUCAAGCGGCAUCUCCGCCCCCGCGCGUCCAGGAGACGACGGCGUCUCGCAGAGGGCGUUUGUGCCUCCGCCUCUCAUGCCUCGCGUGCUCCCGCCCGCUCCUCUUCGGCCGAAGCGACGCUCGCUCCCGACAGGCGCCGUCAACAAGUGGCCAGUCAUAGUGCCGUCGGGACCUGCGUCGUGUGCCCAGGCCUGCAUGGGCUGUCGGACGAGCAGAGCAAGAUGGAGACGGACUGGCCGGGCAACGCAGUGCCGCCGCCGGCAGCCGAACAGCUGCGGCGAGUGCCGCACUGGCCGCUGCACUGGAUGUAGGGCCGCUUUCUGGCUUCCGAGGGGAUCAAGCCAGUGUUGCCUUGAAGCUCUUCGCGCAAAGAAAGCCUGUCUUGAUGCCAGCGCAGACACGACAAUGCCGCCGACGCGUGGCCGUCCCCCCUCCGCGCUCGGUGGCCGUCUAUUCCUGGCCCUCGCCGCAGCAGCGCUGACAGCGAGACGGGCAAAUGCUGAUGCUUCCAGCUGUCGGGCCGUGGAGAGCGCCUGCACUCGCAGUGAGAACGGCCUGUCAUCAUUGCAAGGCGCCACGGUGACAUUGAGGCAAGUGUCGCUGGCGGACAAGGUCCUGCUGGACGCGCCGGCGUCUCGACCGCCCACGCGCCGCAGUCGGGCCUGGCAGCUCUUCCGUCACGGCCGCGCGACAGCCUCUGAUCGCCUUUUGCUGCCUCGGUGUCCGAUGUCACGCAGCAGGAGCAGAGUGCGGACGGCGUGCGUGCUCCCCCGCACGACGCCUGUCAGACGCAGCUGCACGCCGCAGGGUCGCCCGCCCCAGCGGCCGGCGGCACGUCGUCGAGAUGUACCGGUGCCGGCCGGCCGAGCGGAGGCAGCAGCGCGCCAUCUGAUGCUGCAUGGCGCUGCAGCUGCUGCACGAGCGUGCAUGCUGCGGACGAGUGAGUUCGCGGACGAGGCGCGAAGGCGAGGGAGCAUUUGCAAAAUCAGACGCAGCCGCAGACGGGGACGCCACGCCGCAGCACGGGACGCAGGAGCGCAUGAGCAGGCGCUGAGCUGCAGCGCAGCCGCCGAGCGCGAGUGCUGCGGCGCCGCAGCGUGGUACGCAACUGUCAUGGACUGGCGCUAGCCACGGCGCUGCGAUGCUGAUGCUGACGCACAAGAGGAAGGGAGAGCACCUCCAGACGGCCCUUGCGGACCGGCGGCGGAUGGCGACGGCGAGCGUCGCUUGCGUGCUGCGGCCGCGCCUGGCAUG